AAUUAGAGACUGCUUUUCCAAUCUCGGUGAAUUGUUGGACGCUAUGUGCUUCCUUCCCCGCGAAUUAUCGGAUUACAUCAGAAACAAGUUGAAAUGAAGCUCGAAUUCCGGCAUCGUCGAGUGAAAUCCAGGUUUGAGGUUGAGUUUCUUGCAUCUGAGAGGAAUGCAAAAACAGACAGGCCGAAGAGUGAGCUGUGCCUUUGCAGUUUCCCUGUGUUAAGAAAGAAAUUGGAAGGAAGCAGACGCUCUUGGGAUUUAGCUAAAGAUCCUGGCGCAGUUCCGUGACACACACACACACAUACAGAGCUCCCAUUGUGUUAGCUGCUGCUUUGCACAUCUCCUAAUUUGGAUUUACCGGGAAACUCAUUUCCUGAGAGUGGAGAAGGAGAAGGAGGCUGGAAGAGUCGGCAGGGAUUGACCAGCACCGAGACGCAGACACAGACUGAGAGAAAGCGAUGGAGAGUGGUCGGCGCUGAGGACCAUGCUGGGGGCUGGGAAAGAGCAGCAGCGGGACAUGCUGAAGUGUGUAGUGGUCGGGGACGGCGCGGUGGGGAAGACCUGUCUGCUCAUGAGCUACGCCAACGACGCCUUCCCCGAGGAAUAUGUGCCGACCGUGUUCGACCACUAUGCAGUAACCAUCACCGUUGGAGGAAAGCAACAUUUGCUUGGUCUAUAUGAUACUGCUGGACAGGAGGACUACAAUCAACUGAGACCUUUCUCUUAUCCAAACACUGAUGUGUUUUUGAUUUGCUUCUCUGUGGUAAAUCCUGCAUCUUAUCACAAUGUGCAAGAGGAAUGGGUGCCUGAGCUUAAAGCAUGUAUGCCACAUGUGCCUUAUGUCCUGAUUGGAACUCAGAUUGAUCUGAGAGAUGAUCCCAAAACACUGGCCCGAUUAAUUCACAUGAAGGAAAAACCCAUCACGUAUGAACAAGGUGUGAAAUUGGCUAAAGAGAUUGGAGCACAGUGUUACCUGGAAUGCUCUGCCCUCACACAGAAAGGAUUGAAAGCUGUCUUUGAUGAAGCAAUUUUGACAGUUUUCCACCCCAAAAAGAGGAAAAGAGGUUGUGCGAAAUGUCGUGUAUGUUGUGCAAUUAUAUGAUGGAAUGCCAGAGGACAAAGGAGGAAUGUUGCAAGAAAGCAAGUUCUGGUUGACUAAUAACAGUGAAGCUGAUUGUAAAAGCAGUAAGCUUUUUAAACUGAGAAUAUUUGGAAAAGGAAAAACAAUCUUUCCUGAUUCCUUAACAUGAUGGAGAGAUGGAGAGCGGGUCCAGUGAGGAAUUAUCUGCAGUAGUGGACUAACUUAAAACUAUCGAACCUCACAAAAGUCAUAUUAGUUUACUGCUAACUACUGGUCACUUUUCAAAUUGCCAGGCUGCAUAUUCUCUCAAGCCUGGCUGCAAAGCACUGAGCCAUUGUUGAAAAUGUUCUUAUGGCAGAGAUGUUACUGGGAAGUCUGAGGAGCAAAAGAGCCAAAGGUGUUAGACAGAACACAUUGAAGCACUGCAUUGAAAACCUGUUACUUUUGGCUAAUUAUUUUUGUGGCCUUAUGCAGCUAUUUAUAAGCUCAGCUAAUGCAAUUUGAAGACCUCAGUAUUUAUGCUGUACUGCCGUCCAGAAGUUUGGAUGAGCAUUUAUUGCAAUUUACAGUAGGCAUCUGAACACUUGUAGCCAUGUAAGAAUUAAUGAAUAACUCCAUUAAGCUGGUAUUUCUGAAGCAUUGUGAUAAUGGCCACAUGACAUCAUUAGCAAGCUGGCAUUAUUUUAUAACAUCUGCACUACAUGUAGAAUUGAAAACCUAAGAUUUUAAAUGAGAUCAUGAAAUCCUAGCUUUCCUAACUCCAUAGAAAGUUAACUGAUAAACUUCAUUCUCUCAUGACAAUUUAAAACAUUUGUACCCAAGUAACAUCUUUUGUUUUGUUUUGUUUUGUUUUUCCUGCAGCAAAAGAUGCUUUGUCUUGUGGCCUGUUAGCACUCAGGUUUUUUUUAAAAAAAGAUCUAUCAAAUUAUUGAUGACCAUGACUUGCAUAUUUCAUUUUAAGAAUACUAUCCUCUGACUAAAAUUCAAGUAGCAUGCUAGGUAAAACCAGGAUUCGUGUUGUUCAGUUUUGUGGAAAGGAGUAAUUCUACUUGCUAAGUAGGUUGGUAGCAUCUUGCAUUGAUGUAUUGAUGCAUGGCAUCAUUGAGGAAUGUCACCUUGAUUUUUUUACUCCAGUUUGUUGAUACUGAGCAGAGGGCAGGUGCAUCUCCACAGCAGGAAGAGAAAAUUUGAACGAAUCUCUAACAGUUCAUUCUUCCACAACUUUUACCAAGCAGAGGCCUGCGAUCAUAGUUUCCCACUCAGCAAUAGUGCACAUAAGCCAAAAAAUAGAAAUGGGGAAGGAAAAAGAAAACGAUCUAAGCAACUUAAUUACUUUCUGAAAUUGGCAUGCAUUUGAUUACUUAAUAGUAAAUAAACUUGCUUCAAACCCUCCUGUGAUUUUGCACCUGACCUCUACAGCUACCACCCUAAGCAGACCGGUAGAAGCCAAGGUAAUUUAGUGAAUAGAUUCUCUCAUUACUCUUUCUAUGAAAAAUAUCUAUUGUAUAUUCUGUUUCCAUUCUUUACACCCAUAAUGUUUGUUUGUCCCAAAUAUUCAAAAGAAAUGUUCUCUUUAUGAAAGCACAAUAUCACACUUUUGGAUACAAGUUGCCUUGGACCACGGUCGUCGGGUUAAAUAUAACGACUCCUUUUCAUUCAGACCAGUACAAAGAAACACAGAGAAAACUAUGUUGAGGCGAUGAUGUUUACUGAGCUACAUAACGUGACCAGAAAAGUCUAGUAGGGAAUAUCUUCAUGAUGUAUCUCAGUUCACACUGUACUUCAGUUAAGCCAUGUGCUACUGUGAAUCCAGAAUAACUCUCUUCAAUUCAUGAAGCAUAUUGGCCCAAAAUUUGUUGAAUUUGUCAAUUUGUGAUGAGCCCUAAUAUUAAAGUUCUUCCCUCUCCCUUCACCCCGUGUUUGUCCUGUAAGCUGUUGGAACUGCAGGCUAAUAAGGACACAGUGAGGGGUAAAGGACGUUUGGAACCUUGGUAGACAGUGGGACCUAGAAUGUAACUCAUUUAAGUAGUGAAAUUGAUACUUUGAGAAGGAAACUGGAGAAUGAUUGUGUCGGAGAGAAGGUGCAGGAAGUGUAAUAUGGAGAUCAAGGUUGGAUCCAAAAAAUAGAUAGAGAGAGAGAGAGAGAGAGAGAGAAAAGUAAGGGAAGAAUUAGAAUUUAAAUAUCAAUGGUGCUAUUCAUCCAGCAACUUGUGGUGAUUUUGCAAUUUACAGGGUAUCUUUUCCUUGCCACAAGUUAUCAGAUGAUUUACGUAGUUAAGACAGCAAGUGCCACUAAAUCCUCUGUAAUUCUGGGCUGCUAAUAAAUAUCAGCUUACCAUAUGGCUGGUAAGUACAAUUUACGUUCUGACUUGUUAUGCAAAUAUGCAUUUGUUAUAUUUAUCACUUGAAAUCAGGAUUGUGAUGACAACUGUUGUGUACGGCACAUAAGAUGAAUAGUGCUCCAAUUUGACUAACUUUUUUGUUGAGUUGAAUCAUUUCAAGCCGUUCAAGAACUCCCAAACUUUUCAGAACAGCACUGGCUCAGUCAGAAGAUUUUAAUAUUGAAAUCAUCCUGAUUUGAUUUGCUAGAUUAAGAUUUUCCAAAAAAUAAUUACUAGCGCCAUCGAUUCUGCUAUUAUGCCAAUGGGACCUUCAAUCUGUUUCUUUCUAUUUCCAUUGUGAUAACCAGAAGUUUUCUGAAUGUUUGAAAUUGUAACUUUGGCAUUGCGCAGAGCUACUUUCAUGAAUACUAACUUAUUGCUACGAUAAUUAGCAGCAUGCUGUGCAAGUUAUUUGUUCUUUUUACUGAAAGAAAUAAGCACAAGCCGAUAUUUUUGUGUCUUAAUUAUAUCAUUUUGCAUCACGAUAACCAGAUAUGUGCAAGUAAAUAAAUAUGCCCGAUAUGAUCAGGUGCAUUACAAUCAGUCAUGCUCUUGUUAGUUGUUUUCUUAGUAAGAGCUGGCUUCGGAAGCCAACAUUUUAUUUGCACUUCUUACACAUGCAAAAGGCUACCAGCUGGCAAAGGAAUGUAGAUCAAAAUGUUUUCAAGUACACUGUUCAGGAGUUUUCUUAGUCAUUGCAAGUGAUGUGAACUUGGGAUCACUAUGGAGUACAUUGCUUUUUUGUUUCAUGUAAAGGUAAUCAGCAACCAAAAGUGUCCUGGAACUAAAGCGUUCUUUAAUUGUUUUUUCCAAAACUUACUACAUGCAGUUAAAAUAUGAAUAUAAGCUAAGUAUGGUAAGCCAGUUCUGAGAGUAAAUGUAAAAGCUGUGGAUGUAUAUGUAUCUCAAACUCUCAUUUUGAAGGCACAGUUUAGCUCAUAAAAUGAGAAAAUUUAAUGGAAUAUCUUGCUGAUAGGUCUUGGAAGAUUGAGAGAAGAGGGUGAUUUUAAAUGAAAUGAAUUACAUCUUUCAUUCUGGAUCUGUUAUCUACAAAAUGUUCUAAGGAGACGUAGGCUUGAAACAGUGUCAGAAUGCCAAACAAUCUAAAUAUUGAUAGAACUAAGUAUCAUAGACAAAGCCUAAAUUAACUAUGAACUCUGAUUUUCUAGGCUGAACAAUUCAUUUAAGUUUGAGCAUUGAGAAAUAUUACAUGGUGGGUGUUCUAACUGUUGCUCUUGGAAUCCAGUGUUAAUGUGACGUUUUGUAGUAGGGCUGUUUUGCUGCAUUUCAGCGAUCUGCCAAACUUACGGGCAAACAAAUAGGAAACUUUAUGUUUUCAAUUAAAACUAGCUGAGGUGUAACUCAAUGUAAUAGGGGUUCUAAUCUAAUAAGCUGACUAUAUUUUUAACAGAUCUAAUUGAGCAUUUGCUACCAUUUUUAUUUGUUUCAGUCCAGCAAUCUUUGUUUCUUAAGAGUCAACUAUUUCAAUUGUUCUAUACUUACUGAUAUCCUGGUCAUUGCAGGUUGGAGUAGGAAUCCAAUUUUUGUUUUGUGUGUGGGAGGGCUAUAACUAUUUGCAAGUUCCAAGGUUUUUUUUAGACAACUGACACACAUGAGGAUUACAAUCUUGAACUUGCAUUUUUUUUAUAUAUGAAGCACAAUACAUAUGUAUUCACCUCCUCAUUAGUUCAAUUGCAACCAGCAGACAAGUCCAUUACUAUCCAUUAGAAUGAAGUAAUCCAUACUUAUUGCUUUAUAAAGUUCUUGCAUCAGUAAUCAUUAACAACUAUAUUAAAUUAAGUUUUGUCAAGACUGUUUAAUGUAUUGACUUAAUACACAUUGGAAAAAUAAUAACUGUCUAUUUUGUCAGGAACAUUGGACAGUUCACAUUAAAUGAUCGAUUGGGCUGUUUUUUUUUAAGUUUUUUGGUGGGUCCACAUACCAGGUGGGAGAGAAAAAGCUAAGCACAAAAUAAACUAGGCCACCUUUUGAUUGAACAUAGAUACAAAGUCAUAAGCAAUCUAUUUUAAAUUACUAUGGACAAUAAAUUAGAAAUUGAUUUUAAAAAGGAAUAACUUUCAAUUCAAUUGACUGAUGUUUUAGCCUUGAAUGCAAUGUUUAUGUGCUUUAACUUGCAUGCAUAUUGAUAAUCUUUGAAUGAUAUUCAGUUUUCAUGCUGUCAGGAAAGAAUUCCCUUCAGAUGCUGCACAAGUGCAACAAGAGAUUAAGUGAGAUGAGUGUAAGUAUGGUUGGAAGCAUGCUGAGUAGCUUAUUUUCCAAUGUAUUCUGGAUCUUGGGUUGAUUUCUUUUAACUAAACAGAAAUCUCUUACUCGAAAACCUGGGUGAGUACUGAAAAUUGGGCUUGGAAAACAAAUCCAAAUUAGAUGUUGCAAUUUAAACUUAAUUUUCAUGGAAGGAAUCAAGAAAUCUAGUCAACAAAACUUAUCAACAUUGUGUAUGAUUAUUUUCACUUUAUUUUAAAUAAGGUAAAUAGCCCUCAGAGUUUGAAAUACAAGUUCAGCUUUUGAAGGGUUUUAAGGGAUUUUUGUAAUUGACAGCCCUAGCUUAAAAUGGAUAUGACUGGUAUUAUGACUUUGAAAGUGGAUGGGCUUUAGCAGUUUCAUUUGGCAGCUGAGAAAACUAUCUGGAUGUGGCAUUGGGCUCAGUUUCUUCCCUCAUCUUUCCUCACUGAUGAAAAGUGUUUUCUUCCACCCCUAUAAAAUUACACCCACGCUGCUAUCUUUUGCUACCAUUAAUCCCCGUCUUGCUGCCUGUGCCUCCUCAAUCCUCCUGAAACAUCAAUUCAUACAAAAUACCACAACUUGUGCCCCGCCCCUCCACCUAAAUCCUGUAAUUCUUGCAAGAUUAUCCUCCUCCAAAUUUAUUUUUACUAACUUUCUGUGCACCUGUGUGUCAGUACCAAAAUGUUCUUCCUGUUUUACAAAUCUCUGCUUUUUUUCCACCCUCCUUUUUUUAUACCUGUGAAUGCAUCCUUUGAUGCCUCUACACUGUAAUUCUGACUCCUGCCAAACCACCAUGGACAAAUCUCUAAAAUCACUAUGCUCCGACUGUUUCAAAGUCUGAACUCUGUAUCCUGUAUCGUGAUAGCACCUCACUAGACCACCACCCCACCCCAAAACUUCCUCCAUCUUCCAUUCUGAAGCAAUAUGUUUGGUUCUCCAAAGGAGAAACUCCAUUUCAUUCCCCUUCCUCUUUCUCAUGCUGUGUACUGUAAUAACUACUUCAUUGCAUAGGGCCCAGAAAUUUAUUCUUGUGCUUGAGAAACACUUCUUAAAAAGUCAUGUUAUAAUAAAACAUUUUAAUGGAAUGAACGCAGCACCAACAAAUGAUCUAAAACCCAAUUUAAUGACUUGCAUUUUAAUGGUUAAUUUUGAUACACAAUAAACAAUUAGCUGCUUAAUUGUAAUGGAAAAGACAAGUUAAGACAAUAAGGAUGAAAUAAACUGAAGUUGUGGUUCUUCAGUAUGGGAGAAUAGAACAGGAUGAAAAAAUAAAAUAAAACUCCAGUGUCCUCUGAAUUGCUGAGAACAGGCAUUCAGCCUGGUCUCCAGUGGAAAGUGACUCAACCAAAAAAACCCCAAAAAGUUCAAUUUAAUUGCAUGUAGGCUUUGUUUGAAGGGUGGGGAUUUGGGUGUUUUCAUCCAGUGCAACAAAUAUGUUCCUGUGAUCCAGGAUUUUUCAUGGUCAAGGGAAUAUUAUGAUAAAUGUGCUGGUAUAUCAGCUGCUGUGGAUGACCAGUAAUUUUCUCUUUUUCCUCUCUGGGCUCAACAGCAAUAGAUACUGCAUGUUGGAUCAACAUAUUACUGUGUUGUAUAAUUACAGAAUAUUACAGCCAUUCAUCAAUAAAUGACAACAAGACAAACCUUGUUUCCUUCAAGCAAGUGCUAUUUGAUCAGUUGCCAGAAUUCCAUGUUAAUCUGCCUGACAAAUUCCAGAUUACCAUUUUAAAAAAACAAAACAAUAUUUGAAACCAAGCAUUCUCUAAAUAGAAAACAUCUGUUGGCCCUUUUUGAGUAAAUUUGUGAAACAGGUGGAUGGGACACAAUAAAGUUUUAAUAUAUAAAAAUCAUGAAACUGACUACACAUUAGAAAUUGUUCAUUGGCUGUAAAGCACUGUGGGAUGUCCUGAGAUCAAUAAAGGCACUAAAUGAAUGCAAUUUUUGUCUUUGAAAUUUUAAUAUCUGGAUCAGAGAUAUUUUAUUCUACAUCUAGUUGGUCUAACUGCACAACAUAUUAGAAAUUGUCGAUUUGUAAUUGUUGCGAUGUCCGAUCCAAUUUCUUUGCUCUGGAAAUAUUCUCAAUGGAAACACUGCCUGCUUUCUGUUUAUGAGAUAUCCUGAAUUAACUUGCUUUCAGAUUUUAAUCUUGUUUUUCUAAAAUUGCAAUUAGAGACUGGCAGGCAGGUAAACAAGUAUUGUGAUGAUAGAUGAGAGCUUGUUGGAAGAAAACAUUUCUGUCUCACUGGCAUUGAUGGAUGGUUGUGGCAGAGAGUGCAACGGAAGAUGAGUGGAAAUGGUGUUAGUGCUGUGCUACGCAAACAGAUCAUUCAUUCCGUACUGUAAUUUGUAAUGGCAAACAAAUGAAGGACUUUACAGAGCACUGCUUUAAACUUCAACUUCUCAAGGAUAUUUAGAUGCCAUUUAAAAUAGUCUCAUAGCAUGAUCUAAUACCACAUUAGAAUGGUAUUAAUAGAAAUGACAUCCAUAUAAGUGUGAUAGUAUAGUCUGCAAAUUUUUCAUUGAUUCACCUAAUUCAUUUGCAGCUUUAAGAAACUGGAAUCUUUCUUAAAACAGGAGUGUUGGGCUGGCUGGCCUUUAAUCUUCCAAUAUUUAUAAAGUUAUUGGCUGUGGCAUUUAAGCUGAGAAACCUUUCAGAAAAAUGUCUGUGGUCUUCCAGUUACCAAUUUAAUUAUUGGCUGGGAAAUGCUGUACUUUUAUUACAUGUACAUGUUUCUCGAACAUAGCAGUAUUUUAUAUCACUCUGCACUGCAUUAACCCCUUUUAAGAGCUCGAAGAACAGCAAUCUUCUGCAGGUAAGUUGUCUAUGGAAUAUCAGGCACCGUAAUUUUGCUCAGGAUAAACAAUAAAAGCAUGCACGUUAUAGUAAUUUAUCUAUAAUUCAUUGUAUAAGCUGAAUGCUGUGUUGUGAAGCACAAGUAUUUAGGGGAUGCAAACCUUAAGAUAUAAAGAAAGACUUCUACGCCAGUUAUUACCAGGCAGUACAGUUGUCCAUUUGUCAUUUGUUUGAUGUGUCACCAGCUCCAAGUUAAAAUUUUGGCACGAUUUUAAGUUUCAGAGGGCUCUGUCUUUCUAUCUACCUAUCAAUCAUAUCAUCUAGUUAGAAAAUCUCCAGCGUUCUUAACUAGGUGUGAUUGACAGUAGUUGCAUUUUGAAAUUAUCAUGUUCUUGUUGGUUUCCAUUCAAAACAUACAUUGACAGUUAUAUCAUUAAUUUUUUUAACAAUGUGAAGUAUCAAAAUGCCCAGAAUUUCUAAGUAGUAAUUCUUAGUAGUUUUCCCAUUUAAGAAGGCCUUGACGAAAUGUCCUUAGAACCAGAAUGAACAAAUCAAUGAUAUUGCAUGCAUAAUUGUUGAUACUUUUGACUUGUGUUAACAUGUAUCAAUGAAUAAUUAAUGUUGGGCCAAUUGGUCUUAACAGUAUUUUGUGGGUUUACUGUUGGCGUAAUACUGGACCCUACACAUUUUGACUCAAUGUUUCAAUUUAAUCUACAGAAGACUACUGCCCAAAUAACAAAACACUGAAAGUAUUAAGUGCAGAUGUGAAAUGCAUUUCUGAAAUAUAUACUUUGGGUAUAGUAAGUUCUGUAAUCAUAAAGAUCAGCUUUACAUCAGUACGUCUCAUGGGAUUGAUACCAUGUUCUGAUUUUCAAAUAGAAUAUUAAAUUGCAGAAACAACUGGCUAGCAUAUUUUUACAAGAAUUAAUGAUAAAUAAAUACCAGUUGGUGAGAAUUUGUGAAUUUCUUUUCAAAUAACAGAUGCUCCAUGACGUCCUUCCAUACUUCCUAACAAAUUUCAAUGCAUUUUCAGCAAAAAUAAUUAUUAAUGCCCCCAGAAAAUGGUUUGAUAAAGGUAUAUUUGAUAAUCAAAAGAUUCCAAACACAGUAAAAUAUGUAAUCAAGACAAGCAAACUUAAGAACAUUAUCAGGUGACUUUAUUUCACAAUGUAAAUUAGUAAACUGUCGUUGAAAGAUCAUACUGUUGUAUCAAUUUCGUCCUUUGUUAAAAUAAUUCCAUUAUUGAUGAUAAACAUUCAUGUGCGUCUUUCAGAUUGUUAAAAUGGGAAUGUACCACUGGCCUGUGACCUGAUCAAGUAUUGCACUGUAUGAUGCAAAGAUCUAAAUCAUGUGAACAUUAUUAUGUCUAGAUACAGUUUUCACUCAACCCAAAAGGUGAUGCACUUGAAAUAAAAAUCAUGUAAUUAAUACUUCUUUUCCACUUUGCACAAACUGGUAACCAUGAAAUCUUCUGUAAAUGUGUUGGGAAGUAAUCACAGUUUUACUGGGUAGAAUUCUUUGCUUGGAGUAUCUCUCUAGCAAGACUAAUAAGUUUGCUUACAGUAUCCAAAUACUAUAUCUUUUAGUGCCUUAAUAUUGUUUCUAUGUAUUAAGUAAAUACAGGUAUUAAUGUUUCAGAAACAGCAAUAACUUGAAUCCAAUAGAAAUGCAAAUUACGCAUAAUUUAACCUUAUUAAAAUAUGAAAGGCAACUUGUAAUUAGCAUUUGUGUAUGUAAUUCCAUAUUUGCUUUUGAUUUCCAUGCAACAGAUUUAAGUACUCACUAUUACA